AUGGUCCUGCUGAAGCACGUGCACGUCGCUCUGUCGGCCGCAGUGGCUGCGCUUGGAUCAGCUUUGUUCAUCGCGCUCAACUAUUUCUACCAACGGCGAGUGUGGACUCUUCAGCGGGAAUACUGCACCAUCAGUGAGGAGGAGGAGGAAGAGGAGUGUGUGAAUCGCCAGGUCUUGGUUCUUGGUUUGGACGGAGCAGGAAAGAGCAGUGUUCUUCAGGGUCUGUCCAAGUCCGAGUCCGGAUCCAGAGGCACCAGACCCACGCGAGGAUUCAACUUCAUCAGCCUCCGAGUGCUGCGCUGCCAGAUGGACUUCCUGGAGAUUGGCGGUGGAGAGGACCUGCGUGCGUACUGGAGUGACUACCUGAGGAAGACCCAUGUUCUGGUCUUCAUCGUGGACUCUUCAGACCGGAUCAGACUUCCUGUGGCCAAGUCCGAGCUGCACCGACUGCUGAAGGCGGACCCACAGCUGCCGGUCGUCGUACUCGCAAACAAACAGGACAAAGCCGGAGCAGCGAGCAUCUCAGAGCUCCAUGAAGAACUGUCUCUUGGCUGCGUGUCUGGAGAGCGGAAACUGUUUGUGUUGCCUUCUGAAUUCAACUCCGACCCAGCUCCCAAACACUGCGCACCGGGACUACAGAGCUUCCAGGACCUUCUGCUGCAACUGGUCUGA